AUGGUAGAGAACUCAUCAAACAGUAACCCAACAAGGCCGAUCCCGGCAAUACCCAUGGAUCUGCCCGAUUAUGAAGCGCUGCCCACUCACGCUCCGCUGUACCACCAGCUCAUAGCGGGUGCGUUUGCUGGUAUAAUGGAACAUUCAGUGAUGUUCCCGAUAGAUGCCCUGAAGACGCGAAUACAGUCGGCUAACGCGAAAUCAUUGUCCACCAAGAACAUGCUUUCGCAGAUAUCCCAUAUAUCCACCUCGGAGGGGACCCUGGCCUUAUGGAAAGGUGUUCAAUCCGUCAUACUCGGUGCAGGGCCUGCCCAUGCAGUGUAUUUUGGUACGUACGAAUUCUGCAAGAAAAACCUUAUCGACUCGAACGAUACGCAGACGCACCACCCUUUCAAAACGGCAAUUAGUGGUGCCUGUGCCACCACUGCGUCAGACGCAUUAAUGAAUCCAUUCGAUACAAUAAAACAAAGAAUUCAACUAAACACCUCCGCAUCAGUAUGGCAGACCACAAAGCAGAUAUACCAAUCUGAAGGUUUGGCAGCAUUUUACUAUUCUUACCCAACCACUCUAGUAAUGAACGUCCCAUUCGCAGCAUUUAAUUUCGUCAUAUAUGAGUCAUCCACUAAAUUCUUGAAUCCCUCAAACGAGUACAACCCUCUGAUACAUUGUUUGUGCGGUAGUAUCAGCGGAUCCACGUGUGCGGCAAUCACGACUCCUUUGGACUGCAUAAAAACAGUACUGCAAAUAAGAGGCAGCCAAACGGUUUCGUUGGAAAUAAUGAAAAAGGCAGACACUUUCAGUAAAGCGGCCACUGCCAUAUACCAGGUUUAUGGCUGGAAAGGGUUUUCGAGAGGUUGGAAACCAAGAAUUGUGGCAAAUAUGCCUGCCACUGCUAUAUCAUGGACGGCUUAUGAAUGUGCAAAGCAUUUCUUGAUGACGUACUAG